UUAGUGAACGUGCUGUCUGUAAAGUGGCCCGCUUCUCCUGCCUGUGACCCAGCCACUGUGGAGGUCAAGAUGGAUGACCUGCACCGUAAACUAGAUCAGCUUUUAGCACGUGGCUCUGGGGGAAGCUGCCCAAUGUGUGGGCUCUGCACCCAACACAGCAGGCAGCAAGAGGCUACAGCCAGCCAGCUCUCAGCUCAGGCCAAGCUCCUCGAGAACCUCGAGAAGAAAGUCAUGGACCUGAGGAAUGCACUGGAGGAACUGACACAUGGUCUAGAAGAGAGGUCUUUUGAGAAAGUGUCUGUACCUUUAGCAGCUCUGCAAAGAAGGAAAUCUUUGCCUGUACGGACAUCGGUGGAUGAAGUCUAUGUGCAGUUGGAUAAACUCAGAGAUCAAAAAAUAAUCCAGCAUACUUUUAAUGCACCCUGUGGGAAAGGUCACAAAGACAUUCUGAUUGAAGACACAGAAGGUGAGGGGCUAAGAGGUAAUGCAUCACCACUCAGAAAUGAUUUUUCAGACAACAAAGUUCAGUACGAUCCUCAAUCACACAAAGAAGUUAACAAAGAUAUAUCAAAAGUGACCCCAUGCUGGUCAACAUCACAGCCUGGGAAUAAAACACCUAAUACAGCCAAGAUCGGCAAAGCAAAAUCACCAUUAAUCCAAAAUAAUCCCAAAACAACAGGAGUGGCUGCUUAUACAGCUGCAGCGACCUCAAAGAUGGAUGCACCUUCACGAAAAAUACUUACACUCCCAUCAACGAUGCAUAUUCCAGCACCAGAGAUGAUUACUACACCACCAAGGAUAAGUCCACCACCACUGGAGAUGACUAUGCCAAAACCGAAGAUGAGCACACCUCCGCCAAAAUUGGAGACAAUUACACCUUCGCAGAAGAUUGUACCACCGAUUCCAGUUACAAAAAGCACAACAAAAACAACACCAAAGAUCACACAAGCUCCUGUUCCCUUUAAAGCAACUGUGUCUUCAUCUAACACAACAACCAUACAAACUUCAGUAUCUACUGGAUCUACAACACUAGUAACAAAUCAGAAGAUCCAAGGUUUAUGGACUGCUCCAGUCACAACAACAUCUCCAACUCUGGUUACGUCCAUGUCCAAUAAUCUACCAAGGUUUAAUGUAACAGAUAAUACUGCACCACCAUCAUCAGUCCAUAGUCUUCAAAAGGCAAGUUUGGGAGUUCCUAUUAUAUUGUCACAAGGCAAAGAGAUGUCUUUGUUUAAAUCCCCUCAAUCACCUGUGUCGGAAACAGUAGACUCCCAGCCAGACAGCCCUAUCACAAAACCAAUGCCAGGAAGAGAUGAAUUGCUAUCGCCAAAGACAAUUAGACCUCCUGUCACAAGUUUGGUCACCUCCAUGCCCAAUUCUCCACCAGAAUCCACAGCUACAGAGGAUGUUGCACCAAGCCAUAAACUUCGAAAGGUGAUGAACGCUGGUGCUCCAGUAGCAACAGCACAAAACAUAGACAAGCCUUCAACAAAUGCACCAACAACAACACUAGCAACUAAAUUGUCUACAUUAUCACCUCCGACACUUUCAGCAGCAACCUCCUUUCUUAAACAUGUCUACAGCUGUCCUGACUCCUUGCAAAGUCUUCAGGCCACUGGAGGAAAGGCUGAGUCAGGUACCACAACACCACUGUUCGGGAAGCCUGGCAAUGCAUCAGCAGGCAUCACCUGCACUGGACUGCUAAAAACUGGAGGAAUACAGAUCAAAAUAAGCUCAGAGCCUGAGAGAACCACAACUCGGACCAAAAGGGCACCCAAAACCUGCUUCAAAAUUAUAGACGAUGUUCCUCCACAGCCAGCGCCUUUCCCACAUCGCUGUGUGUCUCUAAAGACGAGUCCACCAUCUGACUUCAGUAUCCACACCCGAGAAGUGCUGGGAGGUGGACGUUUCGGCAAGGUCCACAAAUGCACAGAUAAUAAAUCCAGGCUACGACUGGCAGCAAAGAUCAUCAGUUCGAGAAGUGCCAAAGAAAGGGAAAUGGUGCUGAAUGAGAUCGAAGUAAUGAACCAGCUGAAUCACCCCAACAUCCUUCAGCUGUUUGAUGCCUUCGAGACCAAAAAUCAAAUAGUGUUGGUACUGGAGUAUGUGGAGGGAGGGGAGCUGUUUGAGAGGAUUGUGGAUGAGAGCUGUCCCCUGACUGAAGUGGACGCCAUGGUGUUUGUGAAGCAGAUCUGCGAGGGAGUCCAGUACAUGCACCAGAUGUAUGUCCUGCACCUCGACCUAAAGCCGGAGAACAUCCUUUGUGUGAAUCGGUCGAGUCAUCAGAUCAAGAUCAUCGACUUUGGGCUUGCCAGAAGGUACAAACCACGAGAGAAGCUCAGAGUUUCGUUCGGGACACCUGAGUUCCUGGCACCAGAGGUGGUCAACUUUGACUUUGUUUCCUUCCCUACAGAUAUGUGGACUCUAGGAGUUGUCACAUACAUGCUAUUAAGCGGCCUAUCUCCAUUUCUGGGUGAUGAUGACAGCGAAACCCUAAACAACGUAUUAACAGUCAACUGGUAUUUUGACGAGGAGACCUUUGAGCAUGUCUCAGCUGAGGCCAAAGACUUCAUCUCCAACCUGCUCAUCAAAGAGAGGAGUGGACGUCUUAGUGCUGCUCAGUGUCUUAAGCACCCCUGGCUGAAUAAUAUAUCAGAGAAAGCAAAAGGCAAUAAUAUUAUCCUAAAGUCACAGGUUCUCCUCAGGAAAUACAUGGCCAGACGGCUGUGGAAGAAAAACUAUAUUGCUAUAGCAGCAGCCAAUAGGUUUAAGAAGAUUGGCAGUUCAGGAUCCCUCACAACACUGGGAGUUUGAAAUGUUGCUCAUCACUGACUUGUACCAAAUGUAAUGUUAUUUGAUCAUGUCUGUGCGCUUACUUGUUCAAGACGCCAUGUUAAUAUCUAAAGAUAAACAGAAGUAAUGUUACAAAUAUUUAAGUAAAUUUUAUUCCUGCCUCAGGCCCAGUGUUCCCAGAAUAGGCUCCAGAGAUACCAUGACCCUGAUCAGAUCAGAACAGUACAGGCGUUAAUGUUUGCAAUGUUAGACUUUUGGCUCCAGUGCAAACUGAAGAAGUAAACAUGAUGAGUUUCAUUUCUGUGUAGCGUUUUUUUUCCUUAUAGCUGAAAUAAGAAUAGGAAGCACACUAGUAAAAACAAACACCAGUAAUUCCCCACAAUAUGAAUAUGAAUUGAUACUACGGACUAUUCGU